ACUCGCUUCCAAUCGCCAAUUCCGCAUCACCAGGGUCCAUGAGUGCCAUCGUCCGUGAAGCCGAAGCGCGCACGCAAAGAUACUUGACUCAAAUCGCUGCGACUCCUGCCUUGAGCGCUACUGGGCUCAACCUCCCUGGCCUUGUCACCAAGCAUGUCGGCAAGGUGCGCGACGUGUACGUGCUGCCCGAACGUAACCAAGUUGUGUUGGUAUCGACGGACCGCCAGAGCGCGUUUGAUCGCCAGCUCACGUCCGUGCCUGCCAAAGGCCAAGUUCUUACACUCACGAGCUCGUGGUGGUUCGAUGCGACGCGCCACAUCGUGCCCAACCACAUGAUCGCCAACCCGCACCCUGCCGCCGUCAUUUGCAAGCAAGCCACGGUGUUCCCCGUGGAAUUUGUUGUGCGCGGGUACAUCACCGGGUCGACAUCGACGUCGAUGUGGACCAACUAUGCCAAAGGAAGCCGUGACUUUUGCGGCCACAAGCUCCAAGACGGCUAUAAGCAGCACCAGAAGCUGCCUGAGAACCUCGUCACACCCACGACCAAGGACGACGUGCACGACGAGCUCAUUUCUGGCGCCGAAGUCGUGUCCAGUGGCCGCAUGACGCAAGCGCAAUGGGAUUAUUGCCACAACAAGGCGCUUGAACUGUUUGCAUUUGGCCAAAAAGUCGCCGCGACUCGCGGUUUGAUUUUGGUCGAUACCAAGUACGAAUUUGGUGUGGACAACGUGACGGGAGAAAUCCUGUUGAUCGAUGAAAUCCACACGCCCGACUCGAGCCGAUACUGGCUUGCAGCUUCGUACGACGAGCGCAUGGCGGCCGGCCUCAGCCCCGAAAACAUCGACAAGGAAUUCCUCCGCCUCUGGUUUCGCGACCACUGCGACCCGUACAACGACGCAGUCCUCCCCGAAGCUCCCAAGGACUUGGUCCACGAACUCUCGCGCCGGUACAUUUUGCUGUACGAACUCAUCACGGGCAACGAGUUUGUGUUUCAAUCCCCGUCGCUGCAAGACACUGUCGGCCCCUUCUUUGCGUAAACUGAACUAGAAUCUUGACUUGAACGCUCCAUAGCGAUGCAUGCACCGUACGGCUUUUUUCCACCGCGCGGUGCAUGUGUGAUCGGCGAGCCGCGCCUCGUCACCAG